AUGUCCAUUACUCGCCUGCGACCGGCGGUGUCCCCGCCCCCGCACCCGCCUCGGAAGGAAGCGGGCUACAGAGAGGUAGAGGCUUCGUCCUUGCGCAUGCUGCGGCAUCCAGCACUGUUUCUCCUUCCCUGCUGUGCCCCGGCUCAGGUGAAGCACCUGCUGCUCCAGAUCGAUCUUUCUUGCGCUGCUGUACCUGCUGCCUCCAUCAACCUCCUGUUCAUUGUAGGGGCGCCGCCGGUGAUGCUGCGAGACCCGCUGGGCUUCUGCGGCUACACCGGCAUCAGCUGCUGCGACGCAGUCAACGACGCCGCGCUGAGGGAGGAGUUCGAGGACAUGAGCAUCUCCGACGCCGCGUGCGCCGCCAUCGUCAAGGCCUUCCUCUGCGCGAGAUGCAUCCCGUCUCCCUCGGCUGUGCUGUUCAACACAGCUGACCUGACGACGACCACGAACCUCUGCGCAGCCACUCCUAGUCCUUGGUCGAGCUCUGCGGCGCAUCAUCGCCUGACUGCUAGUACCAGAUCGACGCAGGAGCAGGAUACUACGUGCCUCGAGAGAAUCAGCGCGGGCUCCUACCUCAACAUGGCCGCUCACCCGGACGGCUCGGGCCGAGUGUUCCUGUCCAGCCGAGACGGCAAGAUCUGGCUGGCCUCAAUGCCCAAACGGGGAUCUGGAGCCAUCUUGCGGGUUCACCGCCCUUUCCUCGACCUCACGCAUCGGGUGCUCGGGCUUCUGGGCGUGGCGUUCCACCCGGAGUUCGCAACCAACGGCCGCUUCUUCGUCUCCUACAGCUGCGACAGCAGCGCGUCGCCGCCCUGCGGCGCCGGUAGGUGCUGGUGUGCUGCAGCCGGAAACGGUUCGAGGCCGUGCCGGUACCAGCUCGUCGUCGCUGAGUUCUCUGCGAAAGGUGGUGCCGACUAUUCCAAGGAGAAAGCGGAGGGGCAACAACAGUACGAGCGGGUUUACUUGAUCUCCAACAAGGCUGGGAGCCAGAGUGCCACCUUGUCCAAGGCGGCCGUCUCCCUCGUCAUCAACCACGGCCGUCCCGCAGAGGGCAGGAUGCCAUCAAUCGUCGGCGGUCUCGUCUACCGAGGGUCCGCCGAUCCCUCGCUGGAAGGAAGGAAAGUUUUGUUUCCAUGA